AUAAAUUUUUGAACUGAAUUAUAUAAUUGCGAAAGAAAAAGAAAAAAAUAUGAAGAAGUUUCACAGCUAUAAAUACAGCCGAGACUCAGAAAUUAGCAGUUCUAGUUCGUCAUCUAGUGUGGAGUUGAAAUGGAGAGAUUACAUCGAUGCCGAUGGAAAUGUUUUCUACUUUGACUCUUUGCCUGAAAGGCAGCCGACUCCACCCCCUGACGAGGCGCCGGAUGAAGACAAAUAUGGCCAGACAGGCUUGAUCCGUCGUCUCAUAAGGCGCAGGAACAGCAUCAGGCAGCACAGGCACACCGGUAAACAUGAAAAUAAUCAAGACGAAGGGAACAAACCCAAUUCGGACGAAAGAAAAACCGACUCGAAUAUUAUUUAUGUCAAUAUUGUAAAAUACAAGGAUGUCUCUUUAAACCUGGGAAGGAGGGGAACGCUAACAGAGCAGAAUUUAGGACUUAGGACUGUACAUGAUAAAGACAAAGUCUUGAUAACUGGAGUCAUUGAAGAUUCUCCGUUUAUUUACAAACCUAAAAUUAAUAUAGGUGAUGUUUUAAUAAGUGUCAACAAUUUUCCUGUGUCCCCUCGAAAUGCUGACUCAGUCAUUUCUGAAUGCAAAAAGUUAAAUGAGAUUAUAGUUGCCGUUGAAAGGCACAAAGGAGAAAAGGACAAAAACAAAAAACAUCCUAAUUUAGUUUUUAAAAAGGAUGCGCCUUUCCCUUGUAACAAUACAGCAGUACUUUUUGCCAAGUUUAAAAGCCUUUCUGAAGAAAUGUCAAGCGAUGAAGGCAUCGUUUAUCUUUAUCCUAAAACAUCAAAUUUAAUUGUACCAAUCAAAGGGGUGUUUUUUACGCUAUAUCAUCUACUGUCUUUAAUUACCGGUUCACCUCCUACAAGCACUUGCAUAAAGCUCAACAACGAGGAUAUACACGUAGUGUACAGCUGCGAAAAGGACAAAUUGUUUUUACUCGCUCUCCCAAAUUCCAGAUAUUCGCUCGAUGAAAGCUUCAAAGUGGCCCAACAGAUAAUUCAGUACCACAAAUACUUAUCGCAAUCUUUAUCGAGAUGGUUCGAAUCGGACAUCGUUUUCAUAGAUAAUUAUUAUUUUGGCUUUUUUGAAAGUAUACAAGAAACAAUAGCAAGUGGGAGUAAACGAAGAGAAUUUGAAGAAAUUCUUAUGGCAACACCAUUUUUACCCGUGCCCAGAGAUAUUUAUAUCCAAAUUGAUGAUGCACUGAAUGAACUUGAAUCAAAUGAUAUUUUCAUUGAGAACAGCCAAAGGGUGUUUUCAAUCGUCGGUUCAGCCUACUUGUGCAAGGGGAAAAUCAUCUGCAGCCACAUGAGCAACGAGGAAUUGGUCGAGGUGACUACGACAUUCCGCCACAGCGGUCUUUUGAAAAUGAGCGAGACGGGUGUGAAAGAGCUGAUUUACUGGAGGGAGGUGUUCCCUUCGAAAUACAUGAGGGGACUUCUUUCCUACUCGAGUUCUCUUUAUUCCGUGCCGGUCGGACGGUGGUUUCUCCUCGUAGUCGCACAGGGGAACAAUUUUCUAGCUGUACUACUUGAAUCUGGAGGACCUACUGAAAGUUAUGUUCUUAAAGGGCCUGAUCAGAAUUACGUUGAAGAAGCACAAGCCACACUCGAGCAUAUAAUCAGUCUUGGCAUUCCACAGAUUAUAAGCAAAUGGACUGGAAAAUUGUGCGAUGAGGAAGUUAAAAGUUUCGAGCAUAGAAGCGUUUCUGCAAGCACCUCUCAUCAGAACCUUUCAGUUUCGGAGUUCAGUUCAAAAGCUUCUGACUACUACGAGCCAGAUGUUGAAGGAAGGAUGGGUGAAAAUAUACCUGUACUCGGGAGAAGGGCAGAAAGGGAAUUGGCAAAUGAAGUCAACAUGCGUCUUCGUAUAAGCAGUUCUGAUAUUUCCGAUGAUUCCGAUUUUCUAAAAGAGGGAAAACAUUUUGACCAUUCUUCAGAAACUUCAGACUCGAGGAAUACAUAUCAAAAUGAGAUUGAAAGGCCGUUGGGAAGAUCUCAGUUUGUCCUCCAUUACGUCGAUUUCAACAUGACCGAAGGGAUUUUCAUAUCAAGUCCUGGUGUAAGCCCAAAUGUGAAAAAGUUGGAAAACGUUAUGAACAAUUUUAGAAAAUAUGCGCACAAGAUUAAGAAAAUGUUUAUGAAUACGAUUUCUUUCAAGAAGCUCAAAUCGAAGGAGUUGCACAGAUUCGUCUGGAACAAAUCUCUUGUGGCGAUAAAAGAAUUCGGCAUACUAUUCAACGCUGCUGAAAAUAAAGAAAAACCUCUAAGCUAUUGGGUGACAGGAAGAUUGUUUUCAACUCCGAUAUUAAGAGAAUUUUACGUUUGUUAUCAUGAUGCCUGCCCUCAAAAUUUGGUUGAACUUGCUUUCAGCUUAGCACUGUCAUACCCUUGACUGGAAAAAAAUGUGUAUAUAUUGAAUGAAUUCAAAUGAGGUUGGUUUCUUACAAAUUUUUACAUAGAAUUAAGAGUUUAAGAAUAAAUCAUUGUUGUUUAUAUAUGUAUUUUUAAA